AGAGGGACCCCAUUACCACCAAUAUUCUCACGUCGAUCCCAGGGAAUUGGGGCUCUUUUGAUAAAUACAAAUGACGUUCCCCUAUUCCUUCCACAUGGCCGUUAACGGCCUGGGUUUGGAAAUGACGGUUUUGGGCUGCAGAUCUAAUGGAGUUGGAGUGUCGGAGUUGUUUGGAGGAGGGUCCCAGAAUUUGGUAACAUUAGACCUAGCGGUGCAUGACACCUUGUGGCGUGCAUGGCAGAGUUCUCAAAAGGCAACAUCUGCUCUAUUCAGUGUUUCUAUAAAGGGCAAAAAAUCCGAAGACGCGAAGACAAGCGGAGUGUUAUACCAUGUCACCGGACGUUUGUAUGGGUUCAGAAGCAUUCGAGAGACUACCGAUCUGCCCAGCGGGAUAUGUAUAGGUGGCCAGUCAAUCUUUGCAUCCGAUAAAGAGGUACUGUUGAAAGCAAUGUCGAUAGAGCCAAUGCAAAUGGUCGAGAAGGUGUCAUCUGAUGUUCAGAAGAAAUUGGAUAUGUUUUCAAUGAAACGACCAGUACAUCAUUCAACUGGCAUUCACAACGACACUGCUACACUGCUUUUAGGAAUAUUGGAACAAACAAGCCCCGAAUCGAAAACUACAUUAAACUUGAACUCUGUAUCAUUGGAUGCUCCAGUGGAUAUAACACCAGUUGAUCCGACUGUGUUUUUGAAAUCUCGAUACUUUUCGACCUUGUACUCACUGAAUACCCCGCUAAGUUACUUCCCCAAGACUGCAUUAACUAGGUUCAGAAACUUAUGCCAAGGCUCCAACUCAACCAUGAGAACUACGCUCCACCAGUUAAUACUUCUGCCUGGCCAAUUGGACGCUAGACAUUCAGGUAAAUUGGGCCUAUUAACCCCACAAGAAGAUGAAGUCGAAAAGACAUACCAAACAGAAUUUGUAGAUAAAAACUCUCAACAGCUAAAUAGUACAGAGAAACUGGCGGCGUUGAUUACCGAGCUCAAAAUAAGAGAGACUCAACUUCAAAUGUUGCUUGUGAUAGAAACAAUUGGUUGUUUAUCGGAUGGAGAGGUUGCCUUUUUUACUCAACAAGAAAAACAGACUGCAAAGAGAGCGGCACAGGCGGCCCGUAAAGCUAAGCGGUCUUUAGUAAGAAAGAAAUCCAUCCCCGGACGACCCACCAAGACCAUCAUCCCAACCUUCCUCGGAAUGGGGGUUUCAAAUCAAGACUCACAACCCGCAAUUGACCUGAAAUCUGAAGACACACUUUAUGCGACUCUCAAUACCUUAAUCGAUAGAAUGGGGAUUUGGGACACAUUAUCAGUCAGAAAAGAAGGUGCCUUAGAUGAGCCGGUGGACUCAUCAUACGAGUUUUUGGUGUAUGUCCUUGUGCCUUAUUUCAAUAAGAGACUACCCACCACAAUACAAUACAUAGUAGACAAGGUUAAAGGGCUGACGUUGAAGGUUCCUAGAAGAAGAAGCAGUCGCCCAAGUGCUGAAAGAAGUAGAAGUGAGAAAACAGAAUCCAGGACUCGUUCACCAGGAUUGGGGAAUUCCAUGGAACUAUCCACCAGCACGUCUACGACUUCUACAGGCUCCACAGGAAAGUACAAUAAAACACUUCUCUCACGUCGGCCAACCCUCAAUCAAUCAUCGUCAAUUCUUGAAGGUGAAGAUUUACGCCCAAUGGUUUCUCUCAAACGAUCUAAAUCUUCAUUGACAUCUAAACAUUUACAGAAGCGCCAGGUGGACGUAUCCAAGUCAUUUUCCGACUCUACUACUGUUUCUAAACAGCCACCAAAACUACCUUCUCCUUCUAAAAACAUUUUUGGUCAUUCUAAAAGAUCACGCUCUACUAUUUCUCAACAAGCAGCUGAUAUGUCAUUCUCACAAGUGGCAGCAACCCCUCAAAAGCGGCGAAGAUCCGAUCUUGAGACUAGCAAGCAAGAUAAUGGACAUAACUUAUCAGUACCCACAUCUUUACCACCUUCACAGCCAGUACCACUUAUAUUAUCUACCCCUUUGCGACCACAAAUACCUAUUAUCCAAGCGACGCCAAACAACACGCUCGUACCCCCUGCAUCAAUUUAUUCCAAGCUUCUUAGCGCAACUGACGAUAUUGUUUCAUCUCCACUGGUAAUACCAGCAAGCUCACCUGCACAAAUGUCAUCUUCUGUACGUAGCAGACGUCCUGGAGAGCCUAUUGCACCACAAGACUCUCCAUUCUAUAGAACCAACCUUCACGGGUCUCCUACAAUGACGAGAAAGGAUACAAACCCUACUGACGAGGACGAAGUGGAUUCAGAUUUCGAAGUAUUAGCUUCAAAAACGCCUCCGAGGAUUUCCAAGGGUACACCGAUGUUUGGAAGAGCUUCAAAAACAUAUAAGAAGCGCUAGGCGGAACUAAAUAAAAGCAAGAAUAGAGGUACUACAUAUAUACAGCCUUAAUUUUUGACCAGUCCUGAAUUGGAUUAUUACUACUCCUAACAUCUACAGAUAGUGGACGUUAAUUUGCAUAAAUUCCACAUAAUAUCACCUCUCUCAUUACAUACAA